AUGUCGUCUAUAGCUCCUGCUCAAUUCAUUGGUGCCAAUUUACACGUCAGAGUAGUUGACUCGCGUAUUCUUGAAGGAAUACUUACUGUAAUUGAUCCAUUUGGAAACUUACUCCUUUCAAAUGUGUAUGAAACUUCGGUUGACAGAUUAAACAACAAAAACUUACAUGUCAGAGAAAUUGGCUUGGUUAGUGUGCCCCGUGAAACCAUCGUCAGCAUUAAAGUAGACAGGAAAACACACAAGAAUAUAUUUGGAACUGAACAAAAUAAUAUAUAA